CGGGGCGGCAGUGGCUCAUGUAGGUUGUCUACAAACGGAAGGUUGGUGGUUCAAUCCCCGGAUCCACCUGACCAAGUGUCGAGGUGUCCUUGACCAAGACACCUAACCCCAGCUGCUCCCGACGAGUUGGAUGGCGCCUUGCAUGGCUGACACCGCCGUUGGUGAAUGAGUGCGUGAAUGGGUGAAUUUCUUUCCUGUUUACUAUGGGGAAAAAACAUGCCAGGUUAACUGAGAUCAACUCGAUCAGUCCAAUGAGUUUAACCCGACCCAUGUCGUCACGCGUCCCGUAAUCAGCUUUGAAUUCAGAGACAACGGCGCGUGUACAUCACACUGCGGCAUCCCUUAUGGCGGCAAAUAAGAGUUUCUGCGGAUUACGAGCCGCUUUCCAUACAUUCAGAAGAAAUCAUCAUCAUCAUCACUGUGUGGGAAUAAUAGGCGCACCUUUCUCCAAGGGACAGAGGAGAGAUGGUGUGCAGAGAGGAGCAGAUCUUAUCCGAGCUGCAGGAUUGGUGCAGAAGCUUAAAGUGCAAGGUUGUAUAGUAAAGGAUUAUGGAAAUCUGACGUUUGAAGACAUUCCCAAUGAUGAGCCUUUUGGAACGGUGAAGAUGCCAAGAUCGGUUGGCCGUGCAAAUGAGCUACUUGCAGGAGCUGUGCACAAAGUCAAGAGCGAUGGCAACACUUGUGUGAUGCUGGGAGGAGAUCACAGCUUAGCGAUCGGUUCAAUCUCAGGUCACGCAGCGUCAAGAAAUGAGCUGAGUGUUUUAUGGGUGGAUGCGCAUGCAGACAUCAACACACCUUUGACCACACCGACUGGAAACAUUCACGGCCAGCCGGUGUCUUACCUUAUUCAUGAACUGCAGUCUAAGAUUCCCAUAAUGCCAAAUUUCUCAUGGGUGAAGCCCUGUAUAGCAGCCAAAGACAUUGUGUACAUUGGACUUCGGGAUGUAGACCCAGAAGAACAUUAUAUCCUGCAGUACCUUGGCAUCAAAACCUUUUCCAUGACAGAUGUUGAUCGGCUUGGAAUAGCGAAAGUUAUGGAACAGACAUGCGAUCACAUGUUUUCAAAGGUGAAAAAACCCAUCCACCUCAGUUUUGACAUUGAUGCACUGGACCCCUCAGUAUCACCUGCAACAGGUACACCUGUAGCCGGAGGCCUGACCUAUAGAGAGGGGAUUUAUAUCACCGAACAUAUCUGUCAAACAGGGCUGCUUUCUGCUGUAGAUAUGGUGGAGGUGAACCCACAACAGGGCAGAACAGAGGAUGAGAUCAAAUCAACAGUAACCGCUGCCGUGGAUCUGUUACUGGGCUGUUUCGGUCGGGUCCGUGGAGGCUCUCAUCCACCAGAUUACAAAAUGCCAAAUCCAUAGAUCAAAAGCUUUGCUUUUGUGUAUUAUGGUAUUAAGAAACACAUGGGUAUGGCUUUCUUUCUUUCACAGAGCACAAAAGAUCUCUACUUCUCUUUUCUAUGCAGUACAAUCGGCUUCAGAAAGUAGCAUGAAAGUGCUCCAUAUAUUGAUUUUAAAGUUUUUUGGGUGAUUUGUUCCUUUAAGGAAGGCUGUAAUAGACGCCAAUCAUAACCCGGCAUGUGAUUCAGAAGCAAAUGUAUCUUUUAUGGAUGUCUAAUGAAGGUGGCAUUCCUACUGUUUUUAAUUUCUAUACAAAGCAUCAAUUUGAAAGACAAAUACAAAAUCUCAGCAGAGAGCAAAGAAUAACUGCUUAAAAUAAAAUGUUCCACUGCUGAUAUGAUUACAUGAAUAGAUACAAAGCUUGCGUGGACUGUUGGGUCAGUAUCAGAUGGCAAUAGUUUAUACUUUCCAUGUGACCUUAACACUGACCAUUGACUAUGUGGUGUACCCAUGUGGUGUAUUAUUGGGUCAUUGACGUAUUUGGGUAGGAGGUGUUCAUCACAGCUGUACCUUUGGAUUUGAAUAUCAGACUGUUUGUUUUGACACAAAUACUCCGUUGCUAAACAGUCCUGCCAGAGCGAGAAGGAAGUGAGGAAUGAUAGGAAAAUAUGACAUAGGGGAUGUGAAUAGGGGAUAGUUCACCCCAAAACCACAUUUUGUCAUGUCGUUUGAUCCCCAAUGUCUUUCUUUGUUCUUCAGAACCCAAAGACAGAUUUCAAAUUUUUUUAUUGUGACCGCCUUGGUCACCAUCCACUCCCAUAGUUAACCAGAAAACCUUUCAAAAGGACCCAAAAGUGUUAAAAAAUUAACUUCACUUGACUUGUGUCAUAUAUUUUAAGUGUCCUGAAGAUGUUCAAAUAUAUACAACUUCCCAGGUGAGAAAAAGUGCUUUAUUUUAUAUGCUAAUUCUGUACUUAAAGCUGCAAUCCGUACAUUUUCAGUUAAAAAAGAUAAUUUAUUGAAUAUGUAGAUAAAAAAAUCCCCUUGCCCCAAAUCACAAUGGUAAGCUUAUAAUAACAAUUUAUAAUUUGAGCUGUUGGGUCGGUUUUUC